AUGAUAAGGCGUCUGAUCCCUUUCUUCUUGGCCAUAUUCCAACCGAGCGGGUCCAUAUUACGGAAUGAGAUACGACAAUGGGCGGAGGAUGUGUUCUUGGAGUAAGUCUUAUCUACUUGUCCGAGUGGAAGCAAAGGGUCCCGGAUUAAAGCUUGUUGCUCGGUUUCAGUUGCAUUUUUUGCAUGGAUUACGAUGACUACAAGCAGAUGAGUAUCUUCGGGUGUAACCUCAGACAGCCUCCCACCUGCAAGGGCAACGUUUGUUACAUGCGUAAGACAAUUAAUUGGUUGCAACUUCCCACAAUUUAUUUCUUUUUAUUCUGGCUCAAUUCUGAGAAUUUUUAUCUUGUUACUCUGCAGAAAUGACGUCAUCUUUAUUCAGGUCAACAUAAGCAAGGAAAUUAUUUUUUGUACACAUCCGGGUGUCUGAAUCUAACGAAGCAUCAAUUCGAGAACAUCCACUUAAUGAUUGACUCUCCCGAAAUCCAGCCAGAUCGUGAAUCCAAGAGUGCUACCCAACUGUGUGAAGUAAGAUAACUUCGACUUUUACAGUACCCUUUGCAGAAUACUGAUAAAUCAUUCCGGAUUCCAGGUGACAGCUUCGAUUAACACCUGCCUGUGUACAAACAAACUGCUAUGUAACAACGUAUCGUCAGUGGAGCCCUUCACGGAAUACACGAUUCCCAUCUUCACCGAGGUCAACUUCGACGAGGUUGCCCAUUUUCGCUACUUUCUUCCAGACGAUCCGAUUCUGGAGUCGCUUCAGAAGGCGGGUCCGCGCGAUGAAUAUUUCCUGAUCAAGAGUGUAAAUCAUGUCUCGGGAACUCGCGUAAAAUACGCCUCGGGAUUUGUGUCCCUUCUUCUCUUCGGGGUCUUGGUAUUUUAG